CUGAUAGAUAUGUCGAACGCCAACUUCGAACCUAUGCCUUUCCGGAGAGCGUUUGGGGGUAAAGAUUCUGGACUGCAACCUUCAACCUCGAUGUUAAAAAAGAGAACGUUAGCCGAUUUGGAUUCUACUUCCGCUCCUCCUGAGUAUGAUGCUUCAGCAUUUGUGGAUACCGAAGGACAAGCUAUUAUCAAGCCAGCAGUCACAGGUGCUUGCAGAAAAUGUGGUUUCCCUGGGCAUUUAACCUUUCAAUGCCGGAAUCUGAUUAGACUAGAUCCACACUGCACCGAUUCUUUAGAUAUCAGUUCAACCAGCUCAGACUCAGAUACUGAAAGCCCUCUAGUGAAGAAAGCUAAGAAGAUCAAGAAGAAGAAAGUCAAGAAAGAAAAAAAGGAGAAAAAGGAGAAGAAAGAGAAAAAGGAAAAGAAAGAAAAGAAAAGUAAAAAGGAGAAAAAAGCUAAAAAGAGCUCUAAAAGGAAAAGGUAUGAUUCGGACUCAGACUCUUCCGAAAAGUCUUCAAGAAGAAAAAGAAGAAGGCAUAGUUCAGAGAGUAGUGAUGAUUCAGACUAUAAGAGGAGAAAACGAGAGAAAAGUGAGAAGAAAUCGAAGAAAUCGAAAUACUCAGACUCUGACUCUUCAUAA